ACUUCUUGCCCUGCAAGGCUGCAACUACAAGUCUAUAAAUCCUAAAUUAUCCACUCUACUACCAACAAAGCUAGAAUCUUUCAACAUUACUGUACUGAUUCUCCGCCAUGGAUCCUCCCUCUAAAAGUUGGAGCAUCUAUGGCCGCCCCGAAAUCACUCAACGUUACGAAAUCCUGGAACAAAUCGGUUCUGGAGCCUACUCCGAUGUUUACAGAGCUCGCCGACGCUCCGACGACAUCAUCGUCGCUCUGAAAGAGGUUCAUGACUACCAGAGCUCUUUCAGAGAGAUCGAAGCCCUUCAAACCCUCCAGAAUUCCCCAAACAUUAUUGUCCUCCACGAGUAUUUUUGGAGGGAAGACGAAGAUGCGGUUCUUGUCCUUGAAUACCUAAGAACUGAUCUUGCGUCGGUGAUCAGAGAAACUAAGAGGAGCUGGGAAAAUAGAAUCUCUGUUGGUGAGAUCAAGCGUUGGAUGAUUCAGAUAUUGCAUGGCAUCGAUGCUUGCCACAGGAAUGCGAUCGUUCAUCGAGAUCUCAAGCCCUGUAAUUUGUUGAUUUCUUCCGAGGGUGUUCUCAAAUUGGCGGAUUUUGGACAGUCAAGGAUACUUCUCGGGCCUGGGUUUACUGCUGUGGAAGAUCAUCCAGACGGGCAAAAUACUCUAGAUCAGACAUGGCUGCCUCAACAGCCUGAAUUCAUUCAAGAAGCAGACAAUUCUCACAUGGAAGGAUCUCAAAACCAAGAACAGAUAACAAUGAUUAAAGCUGAAAUUUCAGUUGAAGUGGAUGACCUCGGAGCUAAGGAUGAAGCUGAUAAAGAGAGUAACUUUCAUGAUGGAGGCACAUCUUGUUUUGCUACUUGCACCACGAGUGAUAUGGAAGAAGAUCCUCUCAAUGGUUCUUAUUCCUAUGAUGACGAAGGUGGAGAACACGUAUCAGGUGCCCUCACAUCUUGUGUUGGAACUCGGUGGUUCAGGGCCCCUGAACUACUAUAUGGAUCUACAUCCUAUGGGCAAGAGAUCGAUCUGUGGUCAUUGGGUUGUAUUUUUGCAGAGCUUCUCAAUUUGGAGCCUCUUUUCCCUGGAACAUCAGACAUUGAUCAGCUUAGCAGGAUCAUAAAUGUGUUGGGCAACUUAACUGAGGAAACUUGGCAAAGUUGUUGUAAACUUCCUGAUUAUGGGAAGAUAUCCUUUGGUAAGGUAGAAAAUCCACUUGGUUUGGAAUCAUGCCUUCCAAACCGUUCCUCAGAUGAAAUUUACAUAGUGAAGAGACUUGUUUGUUAUGACCCAGGGAGCAGAGCUACUGCAAUGGAACUGCUCAAUGACAGGUACUUCAAUCAAGAGCCUCUACCAGUUCCAGUAAACGAGCUGAGGAUUCCAUCUACAAAUAGUGGGCCAGAUGAGAGCUCCCCUGGGGUAUGGUGUGACUACAAGGACAUGGAUUCAGAUUCAGAUUUUGAUGAAUUUGGCAGAGUUGAUUUUUCCACCACUGGUACUGGAUUCUCCAUUCGCUUCUCUUGAACACAAUUUAAUUACAAGAUUAUGUUAUGAAUCCUGUAUUGAUGAUGGUUUUUAUUGUAUUAGUA